AUGCUGCUCCCGCCCUCGCCCGGGGAGCCGCUGAGAUACCGAGGUCCAGAAGGCGCCAUUCCCGCUGCCGAGCAGCGCAAAACUUAUUUGACAGACACGGAGCCCUCUUACUCUGCCUCUUACUUCUCGAACGCCAUCGGCUCCGACGCGCCGUCGCCUGCAAUAGCCGCCGUGCGGCAAACCCACAUAGAGGAUCAUCAACAGGGCCCUCACAACGGCAGCACAUCCGCCACAAAACGGCUGAAGGAGCGCAUCACCAGCCAGAUCACCGGGACUGCGCAGGCGCAACUGGCCGUGGAGGAGGAGGUCGAUAACGGACAGCAGGCCACGGGAGAUACCCGGAUACCCACCCCGCGAGAGAUCCGUGCAUACUUGGACGAGUUUGUCAUUGGGCAGGAGGAUUUGAAGCGGACGCUUGCUGUAGCCUUGCGCAGUCAUUAUGCGAGGCUGCAGAUCAAUAUGAAGCAGGCUCAGUCGGCGGAUCCUCGCGAAGUAGAGCGAUUCAAUCCGCAGCCGAGUCAUCUCCGUUCCGCGAUGGACUCCGAGGAGCGGGUUCUGGUUGACAAGAGCAAUGUGCUGCUCGUUGGUCCCACGGGGUCAGGCAAGACGCUCAUCGUGCGUACGCUUGCAAAAGUCCUGGACGUCCCAUUCUCAAUGAAUGACGCUACGCCGUUCACGCAGUCCGGAUAUGUCGGAGAGGAUGUAGAAAUCUGCAUCUACCGAUUACUGCAGAAUGCCGAGUUUGACGUGAACCGGGCGCAGAAGGGGAUCAUCUUCGUCGAUGAGAUUGACAAAAUCGCCCGCCGCUCCGACGCCGCCAACCCCAACCAACGCGACGUCUCCGGCGAAGGCGUGCAACAAGGCCUGCUCCGGAUGCUCGAAGGCACGGUUGUCAACGUGACAGUGAAACCGGGGACAGCGGGCUCGAAGCGGAACUCGGCGCAGGGUGGGGAUGUCUAUUCGGUGGAUACGUCGAAUAUAUUGUUUGUGUGCUCGGGCGCGUUUGUAGGGCUGGAUAGGAUUGUGGAUGAGAGGGUUGGGGCUAAGGGGUCGAUUGGGUUUGAUGCGCCUGUGAGGAGUCAGGCGUCUGACGCCAACGAACCUGCCAACAAUGUUCUGCAACACGCGGAACCGGAAGAUUUGAUCCGCUACGGUCUGAUUCCGGAAUUCGUAGGCAGGUUACCCGUCCUCGCCAGCGCCAAAGCCCUCGAAAUCGAAGACCUCGUGCGCAUCCUGGUGGAACCAAAGAACGCACUGACGAAGCAGCUGCAGCGGAUCUUUGAGAUGGACGACAUGGAAGUCCUAUUCCACCCCGAAGCCCUCCGCAAAAUCGCAGAAGUGGCCAUCAAGAAGAAGACAGGCGCGCGCGGUCUACGCCGUAUCACCGAACGCCUCCUCCAACACCCCCUCUACGAAUACCCCGGCACCGACAUCCGCUACGUCGUUGUCGACCCUCAAUCAAUCGAGACCUCCCGCCCAAGGGGGUUCACGCAGAAGGAGAGGGAGUUGGCGUAUGAGGCUGCCGGGUUUGGGACUGUUAUUCCUGCUGAGGGUCGGUCGGCGUCAUCAUCCUCGUCCGCCACGACACCGACACCCACGCCAACCCCGACGGCGAAAACAAGAAAGACCCGCGCGUCACUGGCGGAUAGGGAAGGGGAGAAGGAUAAAGUGGGGGGUUUGCCGUCGUUGCAGACUAGACCUUCGAAGGGGCAGGGCCAUACGGCAACACCGAGUGUGCGGCCACCGGCGAAUCCGGAGGGGUUUGAUUCGACUAUGUGAUUCUGUAUCUGUCCAUUGAGAGGGGGGAGCAUGUAAAGACAACUAGGUGGUUUUUUUGGAGGAGGAAGGGGAAUGUAUUUUGGGUACGCUGUGGCAGCAUUCUAUGAUUCCCCUCCGCGUAUGUGAGAAACGUGAUGGUGGUGUGGGGUUGUGGGAUUGGACAAUAAUCUGAUUUUGGAAGCGCUCCCAAGCCCCACUUGACCGGAUUUCGUGGAUCUUCCUCAGUCAAAUCCGGAUGAAGAUAACGACACGGGCGCCUCUCGCGGUGUUUCAGCAUCUACCUCCUCUUGCCCUUCUCGCUCCUCACCCUGGUCCUUCCGCAACUGCUGGCGCUUCAUUAAGACCACCAGUUCCCUCCCGUAUUCACCCACAGGUGCGAAAAAUGGCAGACUCCCAUUAAAUCAAACCCUCGUUUCGCAAAAAUAGAUAUUG